ACAGCGAAUGGCCUGUGACGGAGCCAGCGCGCGCCUGAAGCCUUGGAGGAAAAGCAGAUUCAUCAUGACCUGCUUGUGCAUUGUUCUGCAAUUGAUUGCCACAGGUUUUCUUCUCAUUACUGCAGCACCAAUUGAACUAAACGAGCCGGAGUGUGGGAAACCUGAUGUCCUCCAAUUUAUUGUGAAUGGCAAAUCAGCGGAAAAGCACCAGUUCCCAUGGAUGGUUCACCUACAGUUGACUCUUCUCAAUGGAAGUAAGCACGGAUGCGCAGGAACCAUUAUAACGAAGCUCCACGUGCUCACCGCGGCGCACUGUCUUAAGGUCAACGGCGUCGAAGUAACCAGCAUUGAUGUGAUUUAUGGACAUGUUGACCGGCUUCGGGGCAAAAGAGUGAAAGCCGUAAAGAAGCUAGCGCACCCAAACUACAACGUCGUCUCGCAAGUAAAUGACAUCGCCGUUAUAAAGGUGGAACGGCCAUUCCCGUUUGGAAACAACGUAAGGCCUGUAUGCGUUCUCUUGGAACCUGUGGACAUCGCCAACACUGAAGCUUUGGUCGCUGGGUGGGGACGUCUCGCAGAAGGUGGGGAGAAAACGCACUACCUCCAGUACACGUCACUGAGAGUUCUGCCGCACGACGCAUGCAAGGGUGUGUACUUCAACUACAACCAGGAUGUGAACUACUGUGCGUACCAGAAAGACAUGGACACCUGCCAGGGUGACUCCGGUGGACCGCUUAAGAUCAAAACCACUACUGGUAUAUACGUACAAGUUGGAAUAAUCUCUCAUGGAAUUGGCUGUGGUCAAGAAGGGGUACCUGGUGUGUACACACGGGUGGAUGCAUUUGCUUCAUGGCUGACCAAGGCUGUGACGUCAGACGAAGGCUACGCCGACUUUCCCAACGCAUCUCCGCGGCAGAACAUGCAUUACCAAGCACACGAACUGCCUCGGCUUUCUCGUUCCGAGGUUGACCUGGUGAAGGCUCACCAUCAAAUUCCUGUGGAACCAGCGGAUAUUUCCAAGAUGGCAAUCAUCACGCCAUUUGGACUCUUGAAGUAUGUGCGCAUGCCUUUCAGCCUUCGCAAUGCUACACAAAAUUUUCAGCGGUUCAUCGACACGGUACAGAAGGCGGGGUCUGGGGGGAAAAGCCACUGCAUUGCCUCGUUAGCUGCCUUCACCCGUCAUCAUUUACGCGUGAAAGCCACAGGACUCGACAAAAAAAGAGUCAGCCCGAGCACAGAAGCGGCACGAGGUCGGCAGUGGCCCACGAGACGGCGACAUGAAGGCGCUCCUUUUUCUCGCAGCGCCAGACUGCCUCCCGGCACAAAGGAAACGCCAAACGAAGUCGCCAGGGGAAACGACAUGACAGGUCAACGCACCGAUCCACCUGCGGCGACGUCAAUGGUGGGCAGAAUUGCCGAUACUACGCACGUGGUGCGCGAAGCGAUUCGAUCCUGCGUCACCUUGGCCGUCAUAUUGCUGAGCGUAUCGACUAUUACUGCGGCAGAUUUUCAAAACGAAAAACAAUGCGGUGUGUUCUUCGAGACCAGGGUGAUCAACGGGAUGCGCGCCAGUCAGGGGAUGUUCCCCUGGAUGGUGCGGCUUCUGGUUUACCUCAACGGAUCAUCUCCAGCAACCUGCGGAGGCGCUGUCAUCACACGGUGGCACAUCCUCACGGCCGGCCAUUGCGUCGUCAGGAACCACAAGUUGAUACCGAAGAUCGAAGGCAUAUACGGCGCAGCGGACACGACGUCGAAGUACGCGACCAAGACACAAAUCGCUGCAGUGGCUCUGCACCCACGCUUCUCCGAGGACGAGUACCACGACGACAUCGCCGUACUCAGGGUGCCCCAGGCGUUCAAUUUUGGCGCCCAGCUCAGGCCUGUCUGCCUCAACUUCGAUCUCGGUGACCUGACCGGCAGGACCGUCACUGUGGCCGGCUGGGGAGUUCAAAAGAGCAGCCGGGGACCCUCGGAUAGGCUGCGCUACACGAAGCUGCAAAUGCUGCAGCAGUCCGUGUGCGAGCAGAAGCUGCAGUCAUACAAGUUCAACAAGUCCAGCAUGAUGUGCGCCUACGGAGAAGACACAGACGCUUGCCAGGGUGACUCUGGCUCUGCUGUGAUGUUCCGCAAGGGGCACCGCUACAUCCAGGUCGGAAUCGUGUCUCACGGUGUCGGCUGCGCUCAGGGCAUGCCGGGAAUCUACGUGCCCGUCAGCGUCUACAAGGAGUGGAUAUUGCAGACCAUCGCUGACGAGACUGCCUUCCAGCCGAUCGAUGGCCAGAAUAUGGUCAGAUGAAAGCGCGCGCGAAUAUAGACGACGCGCAUUCAUGACCUUUUUUUUUUAAUUAUUAAGAGGCACAAUAAACGCAUCGAUCCCCUUCUAUACUACUA